GCCAUCUCCGGGCGCCCGGCUUGGGGGGGGCCCGCUGGGUGUGGGGCGGCUCCGGGGCCGGGGAUGGCGGCGGCCGCGGUGGCGGCGGCUCCGGGACGAGCGGGAGGAGUCCUGGGAGCUCCGUGAGAUGGGCCGGCUCCCAAGCCAGAGGGGAGGACACUUACUGCAGCUGCUCGGAAGCAUCACCAGAAGCUCAGGUUACUUUUCUCUGCCUCUGGUUUAUUCCCUAGCAGAUGUGGGCACCACAGCCAGCAGCAGAGCAGGGUGCAGGGAAACCACAGAGAAGUCGCUUCUGAUGCCCGAAGGAGCAAGUAAACUCCAUCCAGGCUCCAGGAACACCACAAAGCAAUAUGAAACCUGUUCAUGAGCGGAGUCAGGAAUGCCUUCCACCAAAGAAAAGAGACCUCCCUGUGACCAGCGAGGAUAUGGGGAGAACUACCAGCUGCUCCACAAACCACACACCCUCCAGUGAUGCUUCGGAAUGGUCCCGAGGGGUUCUGGUGGCUGGGCAGAGCCAGACGGGAGCCAGAGUCAGCCUCGGGGGUGAUGGAACUGAGGCCAUCACUGGUCUGACAGUAGAUCAGUAUGGCAUGCUGUACAAGGUGGCUGUGCCACCUGCCACCUUCUCACCAACUGGCCUCCCAUCUGUUGUGAACAUGAGCCCCUUACCCCCCACGUUUAAUGUAGCGUCUUCACUGAUUCAACAUCCGGGAAUCCACUAUCCCCCGGUCCACUAUGCUCAGCUCCCGUCCACCUCACUGCAGUUCAUUGGGUCUCCUUACAGCCUUCCUUAUGCCGUGCCACCUAAUUUCCUACCCAGUCCUCUCCUUUCUCCUUCUGCCAACCUUGCCACCACUCAUCUUCCACACUUUGUGCCAUAUGCCUCACUCCUAGCAGAAGAAGCUACUCCACCCCCACAGGCCACAUCCCCAGCUCAGUCAUUUAACAAAUCCUCUUCUGCCACCUCCCCACCCGGCCAGUUGCCACAUCACUCGAAUACUCAACCACUGGAUCUUGCUCCAGGCCAGAUGCCCAUCUAUUAUCAAAUGUCUAGGCUACCUGCUGGAUAUACCUUGCAUGAAACUUCAACAGCAGGUGCCAGCCCCAUUCUUACUCCUCAGGAGGGCCAGUCUGCUCUGGAAGCAGCUGCUGCCAAUGGACAGAGACAACGAGAGCGAAGUGUAAGACGAGGAAGUGAAGCCCUUGACUCCAGCAGCAGCAAGGGUGAAGGCCAAGGACUGGUGCCGGUGGUAGAAUGUGUGGUGGAUGGACAGUUGUUUUCAGGUUCUCAGACUCCAAGAGUGGAGGUGGCGGCGCCAGCACAUCGAGGGACCCCAGACACCGACCUAGAGGUCCAGCGGGUAGUUGGCGCUUUAGCUUCUCAGGACUAUCGUGUGGUGGCAGCUCAGAGGAAAGAUGAACCCAGCCCUCUUAACCUAUCCCAUCAUACCCUUGACCAUCAGGGUGAGGGACGAGGGUCAGCAAGGAAUCCUACAGAACCGGUGGAGAAAAGUCAGGCCCGUGUGUUCUACCCUCAGUCCCAUCAGGAACCAGUAAAACACAGACCUUUACCCAAAGCAAUGGUUGUAGCCAAUGGCAACCUGGUGCCCACUGGAACUGACCCUAGCCUGCUGCCUGUGGGCUCAGAGAUCCUGGUAGCAUCAAGUCUGGACCUGCAGGCCAGAGCCACCUUCCCAGACAAGGAGCCAACGCCACCUCCCGUUACCUCCUCCCACGUGCCCUCCCAUUUCAUGAAAGGCGCCAUCAUUCAGCUGGCUACAGGGGAGCUGAAGCGGGUAGAGGAUCUCCAAACCCAGGAUUUUGUGCGCAGUGCCGAAGUGAGUGGGGGGCUGAAGAUUGACUCUAGCACAGUUGUGGACAUUCAGGAGAGCCAGUGGCCUGGAUUUGUUAUGCUGCAUUUCGUGGUCGGUGAACAGCAGAGCAAAGUGAGCAUUGAGGUGCCCCCUGAGCACCCCUUUUUUGUAUAUGGCCAGGGUUGGUCCUCCUGCAGCCCUGGGCGGACUGCACAACUCUUCUCUCUGCCCUGCCAUCGGCUACAGGUGGGAGAUGUCUGCAUCUCUAUCAGUUUACAGAGCUUGAACAGUAACUCAGUUUCUCAGGCCAGCUGUGCUCCCCCAGGGCAGCUGGGUACACCCCGAGAAAGGUCUGAGAGGACGGUCUUGGGGCCCAGAGACCUAUGUGACAGCGAGGGGAAGAACCAGCCUUCAGGAGAGGGUUCCCGGGUGGGAGAGCCCUCCCAGCCUGAGCCUGGUGCUCAGGCCUGCUGGCCAGCCCCAAGCUUCCAAAGAUACAGCGUGCAAGGGGAGGAGGCUCGGGCUGCGCUGCUCCGUCCCUCUUUCAUUCCACAGGAGGUAAAGCUGUCCAUCGAAGGGCGAUCCAAUGCAGGAAAAUGAACCUCUUUUCCCAACCCAGGACUGGGGCUUUCUCCCCAGAGGUGAGCCUCACCGUGAGCACCGAGAGGAUUUGCACAUGCCAAGCAGAGAAUGGCUCUCUUGGCAGUGAGAUUUGGGGGAAAAUAGGCAUUUGAGACAGCCUCCCAAAGCAGGAUAUGUUGCUCAUCGCCCCGUGGCAUCCUCAGGACAGCUCCAGAGGGUGCUCAGGUGGGCCAUUGCAGGCUUGGGGCAAGAAAGGGUAGGAGUGCCCAUAGGAGAAGAAACAUUCCAAAAUCAGGGCCUGCCUGGUUUUCCCUACUCAUCCCUGGCUCCUACAAGGGAAAGUGCAGGCUUUGGGAGCAGGAGGCAGAAGGAGGAAGCAAAGAAAGAGCCAAAAACGAUGAUCACAGCUUAUAGUAGCAGUAAAACUGUUUGUCUUUCUUUUUCCUGUUUCCCUCCCCUCUUUUGUGGUGGGAGGACAGGAGGCCCAAUGGUUGAAAAUAAGAGGGUUCCCACCCAGAACUCUUCUUGGGAGAGAUGUGCACUUUAAAGGGUGAUUUUGUUACAGAUGUUUAUGGCGGGUUUGAGGUGGGGGAGCACCAUGAUCUACGGAACUAUGCUUGGUCCUUUGCUUCUGCCCAUUCCUUCCCGUCUCACCUCACCAUUCCGCUAUAAGGCUUUCUAGCAGUUUAGGGCCAGAAGAGAGAUAGAGAAGCCCCUUCAGGUUUGAGAAUGAAGAACUGUCUUGCCAGGAACCCAGUGGGACUGUGGAGAAAGAUUUGACUGAUAGAUGUUGGGACUUAGGCAAAGCUUUUGAAAGGCUGCUACCUAAACUCCCACUCACCUGUCAGACCAGCUUUGAUAUUUCAUUCAGUCUGUAGUAGUAACUUCGGAAAGACCUGGAGGACCUUCCUUGGGCACCCACACUCCUCCAUUGUCUGUCUAUGUUGUGCCUUAGUGCCUGCACUGCCCCUACCCUUCUGCUGCCUGACUUCUGCAUGGUGUCUUGACCUGGGCCUCAUGUGUAGCUGCACUGCCUUUGUCCACUAAGACCUCUAGUUUUUGGUGUAUAAGGGUCCCUGGUUUCCCUAUUUUUAUAUUUAGAAACUCAAAAUCAUGUCCUCUUCCACUGGCAGCAAUAUAGUGGAGAAACAAGAAAGAAACCCUGCCCUAGGCUGGGCCUUCCCACCCCAGUGGGUUUACUCAGCCUCCUCCCUCACAGCCCAUCACCUCUCAGCAUUUCGGCCUAAGUUGUACCGUCCCAGUAUCAGCUCUGAAAGUCUAGAAUAGUCUGUGUAACAUCUUAGCAGAUGUUUUCUUGUAUGGUAGUGGAUUCUUCUAGAAAGAGUAUUUUCUAUCUUGGUUGUAUUUGCUACCAUCUGUCUUAUUCCCAUAUUUCCCUACAGCUCAUAGUAGUAUCAGCUUGAAUUGUAGGAUUCCAUUGGAUGUUAGGAUUUAGGCUCCCCCACACCAGCUUUCAAGUGGUUUCAAUUUCCUAUGAAGGUUUUUUUCUUUUGGGGGGGGGGGUCCUUUAGACUCUUGAAGGCAACUCAGGGUAUUGUCCACCCAGCUAUGUACUUAGGCUUCUCCCAGGGAAUGACUGUGGCAUUUCCUUCAUAGAUAGAUUUGGACCAGCCAAGACCUGGCCUGUCAUCAGGAUGUAACACUUCUGAAGUAUGAGCAAAACUUAAGGCAAGUCUUGUGAUCUCUCUUUCACUUCCUCCCCAGCUGCCAAAUGGGGAUAAAUAAUCUUACCUACCUCCUGGGGGGAGGGGAAGUUCUGAGAAUGGAGUCAUUCUUAGUGUUCAGGUGCUAAAGGUUGUUCUCUUUGGGAACAGAGUGACAAGAAACUGGCUAGUUUGCUAUAAAUCCUACAUUCUAUUUGAUACCUUGAGAGCAGAUACCUGGUCAGCGAGCUUUUAGGGGGGCAUUCAAAAGAAGCUGCUUCACCUGACCGCACAUCCUGAAGUCUCUGGUUUAUGUCAGAAUCAAACACCAACCUUGUGCUGCAUUGGGGAUCACAUCCUUCCCCUUCUGUUGCCCCCAUUCUCUGCUGCUUCUCUGACUUGUUUCCUACAGUGGGGGCCUGUGGGCUUGAGUCUUGAGGAAUUCUCUCAGAUGAGAGCCGUAGGAGAAGGUAUCAUCUCCUGUUUAUGAACAACUCGUUCCUAGGUAUUAUUGCAUGUGUGGGUUUCUCACAAAGCCCCCUUCCUUAGAAGAUUCAUCAUGGAAUUUAGUGACAUGCACUGUAGAUGCUCAAGAAAUGUCUACCCAGAAUACCACUGAGCUUCUUCUCAUGGGGCAAACGUAAUUGGCUAGUAGUUGAAGUCAAAUUGCUCUUUACUUAGGCUGCUUGUAGCUGAAUCCUUGGAAAAAGAAAUUGUUGACGGCCUUGACAAUUGGGCACUGACUUCUGCUGUGGUUCCUUUUCUUAUCCCUGUUUCGUAAAAAUGGCAACUCCCUUAAUGUGGCGCCAUGCAUAUGUAACUUGAUUUUGCUAAAAGCUACCUUUCCUGAAGUAUGCACCCUAGGGGGGGAAAACUGUGCUAAUGCUUGUCAAAGCUGUGGCAGUACUUAACCCUGAGUAUGUAAGAGAUGUGACUGGCUUUUAGAGUGAGCAUUUCAGUGGUUAGUUGUCAGCUUUUGGGGACUGGGCAGUUGACAAAGACCAGUCUGGUCCUAAUUAAUGGUAGGACACUCCCAAAACUUGGAGAUAGAAUUGCUUUCUGAAGCUAACAGAAACACCUAUGCCAAUAUAGAAGGGGAACUUGGUAAAGGGUGAGCAUCUGUAUGAUGAGAAGUGGGGAAGGGGUUCAGGUCCUCAGAGCUGAGAGCUUAGACCCAACAGGGACCCAAGGAGAGCUAGACUGACCCUCCACACUUGCAGCCCCAUUUGGUCUUAACACUAUGGGCUUUGUUUGCUCUCUGCUGUUUUGCCACUGCUGUUGUCUGCUCAUUGUCCUGCCUGUUGCUCAUUGCGGCUCCUGUCCUUCAUGUCUCUGGCCAUGUAGACUCUCAGGCAUCCUGUCCAUUUUUAACCUGUGUUCUGCCAGUAUGACUGUGUAGCACAGUCAUAUUGAACAAGGAAGGCGUGAAUGCUGUAAAUUGGUAAAGAUGGGCUGGUAAGUUGGAAAGGAUGUGGCUUCAGUGCUCUCAGGAACCCUUAGGCUCCAGAAAUUUGGAGAAAAAUGGUCUUUUCUCUCUCCUUUAUGGUACUUCUCAGAACAAGAGAAACUGAGUUAGGGCUUGAGCCAGCAUCCUAGUGCAUUUGUCUAGCCCGAUUCUGGGGUUGAGAAAGUGAAGUUUGGCUGAAAUAGCUUCUCAAGUUGGGUUUUAUUGUAUUUUUACCAGUGGGUAUGAUCGGCAUUUUAAGAGAGCAGGAUGGUAGCAUAAUUCAAACCUGUACUGAGCAGGAACAUUGAAGAGUUGGGUGGUCACAUGGGUGUGAGCUGAAGAUGGAUAUUGGGAAAGGCUUAGGCCAUUGAGGUAAAGAUAACCAGAUUGAUCCAAUUGGCUGAGGAAGCUUAGGCCAGUCUUAGAAGUGAGCAGGACAAAGGCCAUGUUUUAGAGAUGUGUUAACGUCCUAGGACUAAGUUUACUAAACUACACUGAAGCUAUUAUACUUUCUAGAUCAGAAAAAUUGUACACUACAGUUGAAGAGCUGAAUUCUACUAUGGAUGGAUGUUAUGAGCCCUUACUUGGAAGCCUUUACCUUCUAGCUUCCCCAGGGUAGGAAAGGUCUCCCACAUUAUGCAAUAAUAAAAUAAGCAUUUGGGUCUUUGCAGCUGUCAGUUGUUUUUCAACUCUAGGAUCCAUCUUUGGACCAAAAGUCUGGUCUGGGCCUAGGAUGACAUUGGCCCUUGAUGCUAGAGUUGGCUGCAUUCUCUCCUUACCUGCAGACUAUGCACAGUUCCUAGAGCAGAGGGAGAGGUGGUGUGGCUUGCCCUGCUGAGCCUUCUCAGCAGGAAUAAUAGUAAUAAAUGCACUUUUCACACUAAAGGUUUCUUUGUUCUCCUGUUAAGCCUAGAUCUUUCCCUAGUAGAUUGCAAACUCAACAGUCUGUGUGACCCCAAAGCCAUUCCACUGUAAAUGCCUGGCAGUAAAGAUGGCCCCAGACUGGGUUCCUGCCUGCAGUGUGUGUGGCGGUAGCCCAUGUGCCUUUACCUAAUGUCGAUUUGCAAGCGUUUCGUGUGUCUUUAUGUUAGGGGGUCUUAGGAACUUCAGAGAGAGAACUGAUAACAGUGGUUUUAUGCCCAUCCCAGCCCCUGCCAGGGACUUUGCUUGUACUUGUAAAUGGUGAGGGUUGGUGAGCUGCUGGUAUUGCUGAAGGCAGGGUGGACCCCAUACUUGCUUCCUAGUGCACUCAUUGAAUUGGAUUGGGGAAGAGACUGUACUCACGGCUAACUUGAAGUAUUAAAAUAAGGCUGUCCUCUACACACUUCCUAGUAACGCAGGAUCCCUGUAGCCAAAACAGUAUAUGUUCCAGCUGCAGAGAGCAGACUGCUCUCAGCUUACAUAGCACCUUAGGGGAGGGAAGAUAAAUGGAUAGGUAUUGGGGUGGAGGAAGGAUGGGAAUUUUGUCAUCCAGGUGGCUUUAGGGUCCUAAGGAGUAGAAAAGAAUGGCACUGGGGAGGUCUGGAUGGAUCUGAUUUGUGUAGGAGUUCCCUGUAGAUAAAUUACUGGUCCCCCAACCACUAUCCCCAGUAUGUAAUGGCUGAAUUAAUAUGUAAUCAACUGCAUUGUAUCUAAAGCCUUAGAACUAGUCAGGUGCUCCUCCCACCCAAUACCAUUUCUUACCCUCUAAUCCUACCUGAUCUUUAACAAAGCAUUAAUAAUUCUAAGGAUAAUCUCUAUUUUGUUGUGCUUUUUUGUAACUGUUUUAAAUAAAUCAAUUUGUACUGUAUAUUUGUACUUUUGUGAGAUCCUUUUUGCUGUUUUACCAUUUUAAGUCUCUGUACUUGGCUACACACAGAUUGUAUUUUUAUUGUUAAUGCUCUCUUCUUAUGGAUACCUGCAUUUAACUUGUGGACUAUGUAAACACAAUAUAUAUCAAUAUCUAUAUAUCUAUAUAUCGAUCUAUAUAAACUACUAGCUUUUC